UCACUACGGCGCCUGCGCCGAUUCUGCCUCACCCUGUCCCCUGCCUACCAACCGGAAGUUGAUAAACUUCCCAUCGUGCCUCGCGAGUCGGGGUUUUGGGAUAACAAGCUUGGAAGGUUGAACGCGGGGUUUUGGUUGCCUUUGUUGGGGUUGCUCUGCUUUGCCAGGGAGCUCUGCGAGACUAGGGUCCGGCCACUGCCUCGCGGGGUGCCAUGCCGCUCCUUCGGGGCGUGUGGGGGGUGCUCAGCGCCCUGGGGAAGUCCGGAGCGGAGAUCUGCGCCGACUGUGGGAGUCGACUGCGCGCACCCUUCAGCUUUGUGUAUAUACCCAGAUGGUUUUCAUCCACUUUGAGUAGUUAUCCAAAGAAGCCUAUGACUUCUUACGUUCGAUUUUCUAAAGAACAACUAGCCAUAUAUAAAGCUAAGAACCCAGAUGCGAAAAAUUCAGAACUAAUUAAAAAAAUUGCGGAAAUAUGGAGGGAACUUCCUGAAUCAGAGAAAAAAAUAUAUGAAGAUGCUUACAAGGCAGACUGGCAGGCAUACAAAGAAGAGCUAAACAGAAUUCAAGAACAGCUAACUCCAAGUCAGAAAGUAUCUUUGGAAAAAGAAAUGAUGCAAAAACGUUUAAAAAAGAAAUCGAUAUUAAAAAAGAGAGAGUUAACACUGCUUGGAAAACCAAAAAGACCUCGCUCAGCUUAUAACAUUUUUAUAUCUGAAUGCUUCCAGGGAGCUAAGAAUGGUACAUUACAGGUAAGGCUGAAAAAUAUACAUGAAAGCUGGAAAAAUCUCUCCAGUGCUGAAAAGCAAGUAUAUAUUCAACUUGCUGAAGAUGAUAAAGCUCGUUAUUACAGUGAAAUCAAAUCUUGGGAAGAACAAAUGGUUGAAGUUGGACGUGAAGAUCUUCUUCGUCGCAAAGUGAAGCCCCAAUCAAAAAGCACUGAGGAAUAUUAAGUAGAAGAUUGAGUUAUGUUCAUAAUGGAUAGACACAAGAAACCAAUUAGGUCUCAGUAUCUGAAACUGUUAUAAAAUUAAAAGGAUAAAGCUGGUCAACAUUUUAUAAUUCUUUUUUCUUUAGCCCAUGGACUUCUGCCAGUUCAAUACAUUCUGUAUUGGUAUCUUGCUUUGGAAAACUCAAACAUAGAAAAGUUCAUCCAAAAUUUAUUUUGUGUUUAGCAACUACUGAGGAUCAAAAUAAUCAUGAAAUGUAUCAGUAACAUUUUACCUUUGAUAAAGGUGAGUCAGACUGUGAAGUUUUUUAUAAUACUGAUGACUGUGGAAAAAGAGUAUUCUUGUCUCCUUAUAUUAUGGAGGCAGGGGUUUCCUAUUCAGAAGUGUCCCAGAUUGUAGAGCCAUAGUGUUCUAUGAUUAAUUGUGCAUUUUUUAAUAAGAGCACCCAGAGCUCAUUUAGGUAAGUUCCAAUUCCUAGGUGUACUUUAUAUUCAGAGCUGAUGGUUCUACAGGCAAGGGCUUGCUAGUUUCAGUUGUAAUUUUUUGUACAAAAGAUGGAGAGAUUUGUGAACCUUUUCUUCAUUGUCUUUUUUCCUAAAGUAAAACUAAGAAGUAUGUUCUAAAUCAAUGCAUAUUGUUUUAUAUGUCAUAGAACACAAUUUUUGUUUCCUAAUUAUAUGUUUAAGGUAAAACAUUUAUUUUACAGUUUCUGUCUUUUUUUUUUUUUUUUCUUUUUAAGUAGGGAUUUAUAUUCUGAAUUAUUUUUUCUCUCAUGUGAGUAUAUUUAUCCAGAGAGAACUUAUCUGGUAAGUUUUAAAAUGAGAGAUCCAGAAACAAGUUUUUAAAGUAUCUAGACUCAACAACCUGUAAUUUUAAAACAUUUUAUAUAAGAUAAAAGAGUAUAUAAGGGACAGCCAACUCUGCCCAUGGGCCAAAUCCAGCCCACAGCCUGCCUUUCAUGGCCUAUGAGCUAGAAUUGUGUUUACCAUUUAAAAAAAAAAAGAUAUUUCAAGACACAUGAAAAUAUGUUCAAUGUUCAUAAAUAUGAAAUACAGCUAUACUCAUUAAUUUAUCUGUUGUUUAUGGCUGCUUUUGUGCAACAGUGACAGUUGAGUAGUUGCUUCAGAAACUAGUUUGCAAAGCCUAAAAUUUUUACUGUCUGACUCUACAGAACAAGUUUGCCAACCCAUAUCUACAGUAUAGUGUAGUAUGAUAAGCAUACUAAUAUGUUGGGGUAGGUUUUUUAACUGAUUAAGAGGUUCUUGUUUUAGAAUCUUUGUCACCAUUGUCUUAAGAGGAAAAAGGUCAAGUCACAGAAGAAGCUAAACAAACCAUUGCUCCACAGUGUUAGCAAGAAAAAUAAUCUUGUUUCAAAUUAUUUUGUAUAAUAGAGUUCCAUUUAGUGUGAAUGAGAUUCUCUUCAAUUACUUCCUAUGACUUAGUAAGUGAAUCUUGAGUUUCCAGUUAGCACAUAUCACAAAAACCUUUCCAUCUUUUACUACUUGUUUAUCAUCUUGAGAAUUAGCAAAAGUUUUUAAAAUUCACACUAUCUUUUUGAGCAAAAUAAUUCAUCUUUCAUCAUUAGUUCAUAAGAAUAGGAUAACCCAAAAUUUAUAUGUAUCUUAUAUUAUGCAAACUAGGAAUUUUGGAUUCCAAAUCUACAGAAAAAUUUUGAGGAUUUUUGUUGUUUGUGGAUAGAAAAUAAAUAAAAAGUCAUGACUUGUUCUAUACUGAACUUGACAAAAGUAUGUACUAAAGAGACAAAUAUAACAAGAGGAAGCUUAAGAUUUAAAUAUUUGAAGUUAGGUGUUUCCAAACAAUUUCCCCCUGUGGUUAUUAAUAUAGGACAAAGUUGGCUCUGAGUUAAAUAGAUGCCGUGGGGAGAGGAGUUGGGGAAGAAGAGGUGUGCUAGUGUCUAUCGCAGCCUGCCUCAAUGGGGUUUCCGGGAGAGAAUGGCACUGAUGAUGUACCAUACUUAGGAGAAUGGAGAAAAUCAUUCAAGUCAUACACUGUGUUCUGUGCUUCAGAUGAGCCCAAGGAGCAUGUGGGAGUCUGUCGUUUGUGAUGUAGGACGGGUGAGGUUGAGAAAUGAAUUAUGUAAACAUCUUUGCAAUUACUUUUUUUUGUGCUCUUUUAGCAUCCAACUACAUAAACUAUUUUAUACAGAACACAUUCAAGUCAUAUCUUCCCAGUUAUAUUAGGAAGUUUAGUGACGAGUAAGUUCAAGUAUUUACAAUUUACCAAAGGGGGAAAAGUGUGAAAAGAGCUAGAGCAAAACGAUAACAUCAAAUAAUAUUUAGUUUCCUUUGUUUCUAAAAGAAUGUCAUUUUUAAUGCUUUAAAUAUUAAGGUAAUCUGAGUCCACACCUUGGUUAGUAAAUUUCAGUACAUAUUGAAGACUGGUAUGCAUAUACCAAAUGCCUUCCAGUUUAAUAGUAUGUCCAAAUUUUCUAUUAUGAGGCAUAAAUUAUGUCAAAAACCAGGGGCCACUCAUCUUACUUUUUAGACAUAAGUUGACCUAAUAGUUAUUGCUGUAUGAGCUAAAAGAAGAGUGUGCUACGGGGAAAGAUCUGAAGAAUUGAAAGUGGUGUUUAUGCUUUUCUGAGCAUAUGCUGUUCAGAAUCAUAAAGAGAUUUCUAUACUUUUUUCAUUAGAGUACUAGUAUUAGGUUUGAAAUAAUUUGAUGGUAGGAGAGGAUUGUGUGGUAAUUCUACUUUCUGAUGUUUAAAGGAUAUUGUGUGAAGAUUCAGCCAACUGUAAUCAUGUAAAUUUUGCUAUUGCUUUUGGUUAAAACUCCCUUCUUGAAAAUGCCAUUUUUAAAAAACAAGGUGUAUUUUUUAUAGUUGCUACGAAUGUGUGUAUUUAAAUUCUGAAUUAAAAUACAAGUUGAUUUAAAGUAA